AUGCCGUUCCAAUUCUCUCUUCCGACAACAUCUUCAUUCGCUUUUUCACAAUAUUUCAGCAGUGACUCUCACCCUUCUUUGCCCCUCGCAGCAAGCACGUAUCGAGGUGUGCUAAGAGACACCUUGAAAAAGCACAAGCGUCUACCGCCCGCUGAACAGUCAGCUCAUCUUUCCUCAGUCCUCACCGGACUAGAAAAUUAUAUACCCUAUCUACUGGCUGUUGACCACGGGCUGAGUAAUGGAUCAGUUGCUGGUCAGCCGCUAGACAUUGUUCUAAAGUCAACCCCGUGCCUAGAAUGGAGACCAACAAUUUCAAAUAAACCUCUAUCUGGCCGCGAAGUAGCAAGGCUUAAUUUAAAAUCUUUAGAAUAUGAAAUUUAUUUCGUCCUAUCUACUUUAGCAUAUACUCACACGCUCUUUUCACGAGCAGCUCUUUAUCCACUUUAUAGCACAUCAACUAGCCCACUAGAUCAUCAGCAGCGAAUGCUCGCCAUUACUACCGCAACUAAACACCUCCUAACUGCCGGCUCAAUUCAUGAGUAUUUAUCAACUCGCUCUGAGCAAUUACCUAUGUCAGCACCAUGUAUCGAUAUAUCACAAGCCAGUUUCAAAGCAUUGGCCUCCCUAGCACUGGCUGAAGCAACCCUUCUAGCAGUUUUUAAAGAUGACCCUUAUCCAUCAGUUGUUUCACAAGAUCGCAAUAAAUCUGAUAAAGAAUGGAUGAUAAAAGCCACUGAGAUUCCAAAGGUAAGAGCACAUCUCUUUGCUCGUUUAUGCCUAGCUGCUGCUGAACAUGCAGCUAAUGGCCUAUCAUUAUUAAAUUCCGUCUCCUCAAACGGCCAGGGAAAAGUUAACCCCGAAUUGUUAAAUUAUAUGGAUAAAUUGAUUAAAAGUAGUCGGGCAAGAUCAUGUCGUUUCUUAGGGAUUGACGCCGAGAUUUCUGGACAGUUGGGCACAGCUGUCGCUUGGCUCCAGGCUGGGCUGCAUCAGCUUAGGCAUACUCCGGAAGAUCAGUUAGGUAAAGGCAUUAGGCGAAUAAAGAGAGAUUGGGAUGGGAAACGAGAAGAUAGGAGGAUGGAAAAGGAUACACAGUGGGGUGCUGAUGCGGGCAAAAUUGAUGAACGGAGAAUUUUGGAAAUGCUAGAGAAAAAGUGGACUAAAACAAAUGAUACGAUCAAUGUGCAAAAAAUCCCAGCUAUCGGAACCCUAAUAUCUUCCAUGCCUUCAGGCCGGGAGAUUCACAGCAUAAAAUUAUACAGUCCUCCCAAAAUCGAAUACUCAGCGCUUGUAGCAUUGAAGGCUGUUCCUUCAAAUGAUGGCCUUGAAGAGCCAGGAAGCCCUGAUGAACAAGACAGGCAAACUGUAGAUGGGGCCCCCCUUAGUAUUGAUGCUGAGUAUUCUGGCCGUGGCAGCUAUUUUUAG